AGUUGUCGAGUCGAGUCAGAGGAAAGAUUCCAGCGGCUUGGUACAGGUAUGAUGAAACGAAGGUUACUGGUUGCUGCGCUGCUACUGGUAGCAUGUAGUAUGGGAUGCAGGGGCACAGAGAGAAACAUCUUCCUUCCACAUGGUGCCCGUGAAGAUACGGCGAAGGGUGGUGAGGAGCGAGCGGCGCAUGACGCGGUCUUCAUGCGGGAAGUGUUGGCGCACGGGCCGACCAUCGAGGCGCUGGUGCGGUCCACCGUGACCACGGUCCUGGUGGCGACGGGCUGGAUGUACCAGAUCAUGCACGGGAAGGUGCCGGGUCUGGAGGGGGCCGGUCGGCGGGCGCUGCAGCAGGCGAGGCAGCGUGAGGAGGCGUCCACGCUGCGGGACCUCCUCAUGUCGUCCAACAGCGCCAGUGCUAGCGCCAGCGCCACCACCGAGCACAACAGCACCAGCACCGCCAGGCAGACCACGGAGACGGAGGUGUCCACGUCGCACACCGCCAGGGCGGGCUGGGAGUACGAGAACGAGCUGCCCGAGUACAACCCCAACUCGUGGUCGGUGUUCGGCAGGAUGGUAUCCCCGCAGGCGUCCCCGGCCCCGGAGGAGCAGGAUGACGAGGCGCCCGGCCACGGCAUGCCGGCGAUCGCGGAGAUGCCGCCCAAGGCAGCGGCCAACCUCAACAUGUGGAGCUCCUUCGGGCGGCGCUCGGCCUCCGACAGGGUCCCGGAGAGGACCCGUGACGGCAACCCGGUCCGCUCGUCCUCCGUCAACCCGGCCUUCUUCCUCACGCCUUUCGGGGACCAGACGGACAAGCAGCGGUCCGUCGACGAACGGCCGGUCAAGCAGACCGACCCUGCCGCCUCCCACAAACGGACACCCAACCCGAACGUAGACCCGCCCAACGCCCGACCAACUCUUCAACCUGACUGGACCAAGAUUCCGUUCUUCGGGUAGAGGACAGAAGUAACAUAUGAAUUCUAGCUAGAACACUAGAGCAUCCCUGGUGUUUGCUUUUACAGGAGAAGUAUCGUACAACGACCCGCUGGCGGACAGCGGUAGAAUUAAUUAAGAGUAGGCCAGAGUGGCAUAGUUCAGUCAGCAUGAAAACUGCUGAGUCAUUAAUGAGGGCAGCAUGCUAUCAGUGAUGUUCACAGCCGCACGGCGCUGUGAAUGAGAGGCAUUAUCUGCACCUUACAUAUAGUUCUUAAGAAUGGAGCCGAAGAAACGGCCACCUAAGAGGUUAUCACAAGAGAAUAAAUAAAGAUGAUUCAAU